AUGUGGGAGCGAAAGUUGAAAGGAAAGGGUCAGAAUAUUGUAAGUCAUGUUGAGGUGGCGGAAACUGGAUCAGGGAAAACACUUGUAUUUGGACUUCCUAUUCUACAGUAUUUAGUGAAUGAGGAAACCUAUCAAGAUGAUACACGCACAAACGAGCUUGUGGCGUUAAUUGUUACUCCGACUAGAAAAUUGGCGAUAUUUAUAUUGAGCAUUGGAAAGUUUGAUGACGUCAAGAUCAUAACACUUGUCAGCGAUAUGGCAGUUCGACUAAUGGAUAGACAUUCGAAUAUAAUUGUUGCUACUCCUGGUCGAUGCAUAAAAUUCUUUGUACUUGAGUAUGCUCGAGUACCCGUGGAACAUUUUUAUUAUGUACAUCGAAGUGGUCGAACGGCAAGAGUUCAACGAGAAAGAAUAAGCUUUAUGUUGUGUAGUCCUGAAGAAAUUGUAUUAUCGUAA